AUGGCAAACAAGAGUUUCGGCGCCAGCACCAGCACCAGUGCCAGGAUCAAUGUCGCCACUGGAGCAAAUCUUAAGAGACACAGCUUUACUCAACGUUCAACGCGCUGA